UCCUUCACUCCCUCAGUUUUCACUCCAUCUUCACUUCUGGCAACUGCUAUGAAAUUCUCUUGAAAUCGAAGCAAAGAAAGAAAUAUUUUCCUCGAAAUCUGUUUGUUUUGAGGGAAAAUGGUUUCACUCGAAGAUUCUCACUCUAAUUCGAACCGGUUUCCGUUGUCUCGAAACUUCUACGGUCUAUCCUCGGCUUCGACCACCAAAAUUCACCGUCACGUCGGCCGUUCUAUGCGUACCAUACGCUCCAAUCUCUACCAAAGCGAUAACAGCUGUUCCUUCACUAGCUCCGUCCCCGAAAGUUCUGGAUUCAUUUCGGAGAAUCUGACGGAAUCUGUCAUCGAUAUGCGACUCGGCGAACUCGCCGCCAAAACCAACAGCAGAUCGCUCAAGUCCGAGUCGGAAAAUGAGGACUUAUUGGAUAUUUCGCAGGCCUUCAGCGAUUACUCGGCUUGUAGCAGCGAUAUCUCCGGAGAGCUGCAGAGGUUAGCGAGCUUACCAUCGCCUGAAAACGCCUUGAGAAAUGGAGUGGAGCCGGAGUCGGAACCUGAGCCGUGUCACGGCUUUUUACAAAGAGACAGUUUCUCAACCGAAAUUAUGGAGAGUAUUUCUCCUGAGGAUCUCCAACCGACGGUCAAGAUCUGCAUAGACGGCCUGCGAUCUCCGUCCAUUGCGGUGAAGCGAUCGGCUGCGGCGAAGUUGAGGUUAUUAGCCAAAAACCGGUCAGAUAAUCGCGCGUUGAUAGGAGAAUCCGGUGCAAUCCCCGCUCUAGUUCCGCUUCUGCGAAACAGUGAUCCUUGGACUCAGGAGCACGCCGUCACAGCGCUGCUUAAUCUCUCCCUAUAUGAAGGGAACAAAACCUUGAUCACAAAUGCUGGAGCUAUAAAGUUAUUUGUGUAUGUUUUGAAGACGGGAACCGAGACGUCCAAGCAAAAUGCGGCCUGUGCGCUUUUGAGUUUAGCGUUGAUUGAAGAGAACAAGAGCUCAAUUGGAGCAUGCGGGGCAAUCCCUCCCCUGGUGUCCCUUCUAAUGAACGGGUCGAACAGGGGAAAGAAAGAUGCACUGACGACGCUGUACAAAUUGUGUUCCUUGAAGCAGAAUAAGGAGAGGGCUGUGAGCGCCGGGGCGGUGAGGCCGCUAGUGGGACUGGUGGCGGAGCAGGGAACUGGGAUGGCUGAGAAGGCGAUGGUGGUUCUCAGCAGCCUGGCGGCAAUCGAAGAGGGGAGGCAGGCUAUCGUAGAGGAAGGUGGAAUUGCUGCUCUGGUAGAGGCAAUUGAAGAUGGUUCUGUGAAGGGGAAGGAAUUUGCAGUAUUGACGCUGUUGCAGCUGUGUGCGGAUAGCGUGAGGAAUCGUGGAUUGCUUGUCAGGGAAGGUGGGAUCCCUCCCCUCGUUGCUCUUUCUCAGACUGGCAGCAUCAGGGCGAAGCAUAAGGCGGAAACACUUCUUGGGUAUCUGAGAGAACCAAGACAACAGGCCUCUUCAUCCAGUCCUUGAGGGAUGUAGUCCAAUUACCGAGGGAGGUAAUGAUAUUAGGUUGUUGGUUGUUUUAUGUAUAUAGAGAGUGUUUUUUUGGUGGUUUGUACAGUGUGGUUGAUAAAUUUGAGAAUGGUUGAUAAAUUUGAGAAGAGUGAUUGUAGAAGUAAAAAUUAAAAAGGAAAUUAGGGGAAGGAUAGUGUGUGAGACACUGAGAUUAUAGAGGUAUCAUUUUGAUUAGGUCUUGGGGGGAUCUUCUGUUCCUUCUUUUUGACUAGUGUUUCUCCGGGGUGGAAUAUGUUUGGCUUGUGGGAUUUUGGUCGAUGAGAUUUGGGUUAUUUCCUUGUGUUUUGUUUGGGUGACCCAAAUUCAUAUAGGUCUAAUGACUACUGAUUGUCUGGUUUUUUAAUCAGUGAUUAUGAAGAGCAUGCAGAUAUAUGCUUCUAGUUCUGGCAUUUUGUUUUCAUGUAAAUUCUCUUUGUCUGGGUUGCAUCUUGUAGCUUAACUACUUGAGCAUUAUAUCUGGGAAAGGAUAAUAUGAAAGUUUGAUUCAUAUUCCGCUUCUCUGAAUUUCUGUCUUGGCUCUUGAGGAUGGUCUAGAUCCUUCAAUGCAAAGAGUAAACUUCUGGUUCUGGAUAUGACCUUAACCAUUUUAUCUUAAUCCUACUGAUUAACAUGGUUUUCUCCCCAUUCCCUUGUUCUUUAAGCUACCGGAUUACUUUCAGCGCCAGUGCUGGGGAAUGAAUAUGGCAGUAGUAAAAGUUCUACGUGGAUGGCUAUUUUUGCGCUGGCAAUGGUAGGGGCUCCAGAUCUGCUUAUAUUUUGUGUAAAGUAGCUCAUCUACUAGGCGCGGCCAUCUCCUUCUAUUUGUCCAUAUACCAUAUGUUUAGCAAUUGCAAUUCCAA